AUGGCGCCAACGGUAGGCCUUUCUUCGGCACUUCCCACGCUGCGUCGGAAUGCAACGGCUGCUCCGAAAAUCUUGGGAUCUAUUGUGUCCGAUGAGGAGAGGGAGCGCCUAACGUUGCCCCCAAGUGUUGUGGGAAGGCUUUCUCUGGACGACAGACAUCCCUUCUUCGCCGCACUCAGUUCUACACCCACGGCACCAAUGUCAAGAAAAGCAAGCACAUCUCAAGCUUUGAUGAUUACACUGGCCAUCUGCUUCGGCCUCAUAUGCCUAUUUUGGCUGUGCAAGAAAUGCCUUCCUAGGAGAAAGAAAAAGUCUAAGAAGGGAGUCAACGUAGAAGUCGAUGACAGCAAGGCAAUCAAAUUCGCCUCUUCGUUGAACAAACAAAUUGAGGACACGCAAGCUUUGACCGAAAACAUGGAGGAAAAUGAAAAGGCAGGAGACGGGAAGGAGAAGGUCAACCUGGGAUCUCUCCAGUAUUCAGUUGAAUUCGACUUUCAGAAAAACGAAUUGACCGUGGGGAUCAUUCAGGCGAGAGACCUGCCUGCUAUGGACAUGUGCGGGACGUCUGAUCCCUACGUCAAGGUCUUCCUCUUGCCCAAUAAAAAGAAGAAGUUUGAGACGAAAGUCCACCGGAAGACUCUCAACCCUGUCUUUAAUGAAACCUUUGUGUUCAAGUUAACUUACGCAGAGAUAUCUGGAACUACGUUGGUGCUGUACAUCUACGAUUUUGAUCGAUUCUCGAAACACGAUCAAAUUGGGCAGCUAAAAAUUCCCCUAGGUUCAAUUGACCUCUGUCAGACACUGGAAGAAUGGCGUCCCAUCGAACCGACGGAUUCAGAAAACGACAAGGAGAACCGACUGGGUGAUAUUUGCUUUUCUCUUCGCUACGUUCCUACAUCAGGAAAGUUGACAGUCAACAUUUUGGAGGCAAAAAAUCUCAAGAAGAUGGAUGUGGGCGGCCUAUCUGAUCCUUAUGUAAAGCUUUCACUGAUGCUCCAGGGACGACGAAUAAAAAAGAAAAAGACAACCAUCAAGAAAAAUACCCUCAACCCCUACUACAACGAAUCCUUCUCUUUUGAUGUUCCUUUUGAUCACAUUCAGAAGGUGAGCCUAAUCGUAACAGUAGUCGAUUAUGAUCGAGUGGGCUCUUCCGAUCCAAUCGGGCGAAUCAUACUCGGUUGCAAUGCGACAGGAGCAGCGCUACGCCAUUGGUCUGACAUGCUGGCCAAUCCACGUCGGCCGAUUGCUCAGUGGCACACGCUUCAGGAGAUGCAAGAACGAAAUUAA